AUUCACCAACUUAUCCAUAUACUACAAUGUUUCCUUAUAAAGAAGAUGAAUUCCUCUAUACCGAUGCUCUUGACCUCAAAUACGCUGAGACUGAAGCAGUAGCUGCUAAACAUCACGCAAAACAAACUGUUAUCAACAUGACAUUUGACACGGUGGAAGAUGUCGCCGGUUUUACAAGUGCUGUCUUCAAAGACAUGGAUUAUCAUAGGUAUUAUCAAAAUGAUGUUUUGAGCGAAAGUAAUUAUUACCCCAGCCCAUUGCAGACACAACAUCGGCGCCACAACGGAGAAAAAGGGAAAAUUCACAGUCUAGAUCUGCAAUAUGAAGGAUCUCCAACCGGAUAUUACGAUGGAUACCGACGGUCAUCACUUUAUGGAGGUGAGCAAGAAUACUCCAAUCGAUAUUUGGUAGCAUCACCAGAACAUUAUCAUAAUCAUAAUGUACCAAUAAUAAAAAAGAGAAGAAACAAGCAAAAGAACCGCAAUUUUCCUGUCACUCCUGAAGACGAAAAAAGACAUUUUGUUUAUAGUAAGGAUGCAGAAGACAACAACCAAAUGCACACGUACCACAAUAAUGGAACAGGAGACUCCCUUAUUCAUGCAAAAGAAGAAGAAGAAGAGGAAGAAGAAGAAGACACUGCAACGCAUAUAAAUACCCUAAUCAAUUCUGAAUCCAGGAUGGUUGAUGCAGUAGCCGAUGACAAUCUUGAUGUAACAGCAGUAAAAAUCAAUUUGGACCAAGAAAAAUUUAAUCAAAAGAAGCAAAAAUGGUAUACAAAUAUGGCACUUGGUUUCGUGAAGAAAGUGAAAACCCUUAAAAAGAAAGAGGUCAAACAGGAACCCUUAAAACAGCAGCCUGCAAUUCAAGUCAUUAGUGCUUUAGACAAUGAAUUAUUGGGAGAUGUGCUUGAUGCAGAUCAGCAAAAAAAAAUAGUCACGCAAUUAUCAUCUUCAUCGCCUAUGUCUACCUCAUUUAAUAUGUGUCCUGAAAAAGCCAAGGUUACAAACUUGCCGAGAAUAUGGGUGUUUAGAUUAUUAGCAGACGCUCCAGAGGAAAAUCAACCUAUCGCUUGGAUCGGAUUUGAUUAUGAAAAUCAAGUAAAAAUCGAAAAUCAUAUCAAGGAAUUACCAGACAGACCAGAGGAUGGCAGAUUGGCAAUAUAUGAUUCCCAUGUUAGGCAUGGCAAAAUGCCAGUUAUUGUCACACCAAACCAUACAAAAGGAUAUUAUUUCGCGGAUGAAGAACAGUCAAAAUUGAUCACCUUAGAAGUCACUUUUAUCGAGAAUAACCAUGAAAAAUUCAAUACAGCAUUAAGUUGGUUACCAGAAGAAGAACACGAGUCAGUAUUGCGUUUCAAACAUGACAGGGAUCGACAUCUGGCCUUAGGCAGUCGUUUAUUACGGCGACAUUACUUCUCUGGUCGUUUAAAUGUAGCAUGGGCUAGUCUCGAAUUCGAACAACUACCUUUAUGUAAACCAACCUUGAUCGAUUAUAAUAUAUCCCAUCAAGGAAACUGGGUUAUUUUUGGAGCAACAACGAAAAAUGCUAUGAAGAUUGGGAUUGAUGCUGUGACCGUCGAUCGCCCUAACUCUUCCUCGAUCGAUGAUUUUCUUACAGAUAAAGAGGUUGAAUUGAUCAUGAAUAAUCAGGAUGAAGAUACAAAGUUGGCGACAUUUUUUGAGCUAUGGGGAUGUAAAGAAAGUUACGUAAAGGCGCUUGGUGUCGGUCUUUCAUUAGAAUUGAAUAAAAUAGACUUUAGAAAUGACCAUAACCAGAUCAAGAUGAAUUUCGAGGGAAACCCAUCAGAUUCCUGGCUUUUCCACUUGAGUUAUCUGGACAAUAACACAUUGGCUGUAGUUUGUUAUGGAAAAGAAGACGUAAAUCAUAAAUUAGACUCUAAAUUACUCUCGUUUGCUUCUACUACCCAACUCCUUGGGCAAAGACCCUUACAUGCCAUGACCAAUGAUAUAUUCGAACAGGUUAGAUACGAAGAUAUCGAGAACGAUAAACGUUAG